AUGAUCGACCUCGUCGUGAAAGUCCUUCUCGGCACCAGCCUACUCAUUGUAGCAAGAUGCAUCUACCGACUCACCUUGCAUCCCUUAGCAGGCAUCCCAGGCCCAAAACUCGCAGCAAUGACGAGCGCCUACGCAAUGUCCUGGGACUUCCCCAAAGAGUCCUCCUACAUCAAGAACUUUCCCAAGUGGCACGCACAAUAUGGCCCAAUCAUCAGAAUCGAGCCUAACCACAUUCACGUUCUCGACAUCGAUGCUUACAACACGGUUUUCAAAAUCGGGACCAAGUUUUACCGCGAUCCAGCAGUCUACAGCUUCCCCUUCACGCGAGGCGGCUUCUUCAACAAGCUCCAUGUCAAGGACGCAAAACUGCAUCGUGACCUCUAUAUGCCCUACUUCUCACGAGCUAAUGUUCAGAACCUCGAGCCUACUAUCCGGCGAACACUGGGCCAACUUCUGACCCAGAUCGACCAGGCGGCAGGCAAGACGAUCGACAUGAAGCGCGCAGCCCGCUCUUGGACUGCCGAUACGGUCAUGCGGUAUAUGUAUGACAAGGAUUUCGGCGCCGUGGCGUACCCUGACUUCAAGAUCCCCAUGCUGGAGUGUAUGGACGACUACUUCAAGAACAUGCCCUUUGGGUGGUACUUUCCUAGCAUCGUCAGCACGAUCGUCGAUCUCGUCGCCAAACUUCCCCGCUCGCGUGUGCCAGACGAAGGAAUCGCCGCCUCCCUCGCCAUCCUCGACGGAUCUGAAUCUCACAUCGCGGCCCUGAAAGCUCAGCCGCGCUCCGAGCGGCAGAUCUCCAUCUUCGAGUCCGCCAUGGCGCCAAAUUCAGAAAAGGGUCACCCAAUACUCACAGUCAAAGAUCUCGCAGCCGAUGCUCUUACUUUCUUUACCGCCGGGACCGAUACCACUGCUAACGUGAUUGACCGCGCCAUCUGGGGCCUGCUCAACGAUCGCGCCGCGCUCGCUACGCUUACGGCCGAACUGCGCGCCGCAAUUCCCCAUGGCUCCGAUCUAACCGCCACUCCCCAGGGCUGGGCGGCGCUGGAGGCCCUGCCCUAUCUCCGCUGCGUAGUCAAAGAGUCCCUCCGCCUCUCCUACGGCGUUCCCGGCAAGAUCCCGCGCAUCGUCCCAGCUGAGGGCGCUACUCUCCUGGGCCACAGCCUUCCUGGCGGCACUGCUAUCAGCAUGUCCUGCCAUACUUACCACCACCAUGCGCCGUACUUUGGGGACGAUGCAGACGAGUUCAAGCCCGAGAGAUGGGCAGAUGCGGCCAAGGCGGCGGAGUUGGAGAAGUAUCUUGUGACGUUCAGCAGGGGCAGUAGGAAUUGUAUAGGACAGAAUCUGGCGUAUGCGGAGCUGUACUAUGUGUUGGGGUAUUUGUUUAGGAGGUUUGAGUUGAGCUUGGCAGAGGAUUUUCCGAAGGAGGAGAUGGAGUGGGAAGAUUGUUUCGUUGUGGUUACGAGAGGGCAUUUGAGGAUUCGGGCGAGGAGGGCUGAGACGUGA